AUGCCUCGCCUAUCUGCCCUACCUGCCUCCUUCUCAGGCGUUUCGUCACUCACCGGCCUCGAUAUUUUAAGUUGCCCUAAAGUAACGGUCCUGCCAGAGGGAAUUGGACGGCUGGAGGCGCUCGAGGUGGUCAAGAUCGCACGGAUGGACGGCUUGAGGGAUCUCCCUGGGUCGCUGGUUAGGCUGCCGCGCCUGCGCGUGCUGGAGGUGCGGGCAUGCUGUGGGGUUGGCGCGCUGCUAGGGGAUGAGGUGGUGGCCGAUCGCACCCCCAAAGACCCCGGAUCGAUUCGGCCAUCCUUCGGCGGGCUGUCAGGUCUGCGGGCAUUGAAGCUGGUUUACCUCAUUGCGUUAUGGCAGCUGCCCGAGUCUUUCGGGCAGAUGAAAAUGCUUGAGACGCUGGAGAUCAUUGACUGCUACAAGCUGAUGAAGCUUCCAAGUUCUUUCUCGAAUCUGUCCAAGUUACAGUUAUGUAUCCUCACCAAGCUUCGGAUCUCAACGUUUCCAGUUGACUUCUGGAAGCUGUCGUCCCUCCAAAAGCUGGUGCUCCUGGGGCUGAAGCACGUGCGCAGCUUGCCAGAGUCGCUCUCUAGGCUGCCCAAGCUGCAGGUGCUGCGGGUGAUUGCGUGCCACAAGCUGGCUCAGCUGCCGUCCUGUCUCGAGAGAAUGGCAACGUUGCGUGAGUAUGAUGUCAGGGAGUGCCCUUUGCUCCCUUGUCGAGACGACAGGAGGGCCCCUGCAAGGGUACAAGAGGGGGAUGGGGAGGAGGGAGAGGGAGUGGCGGUUGGUGAAGGAGAGGAGGAUGGAGGGGAGGAGGGAGAGGGUGAGGAGGGUGGAGAUGCGGUAGGGGAAGGGGGAGAGGAGGAAGGAGGGGAGGAGGUAGAGAGUGAGGAGGGAGGAGAUGUAGCAGUGGAAGGGAAUGAGGCGGACAGCAAGGCAGAGGAGGAUGCAGAGAGUGAUUUUGAGGAGUUGCAUAUCAUACAUGAUCAUGGCAGGGACAGUGAGGAUGACAGGUACAUAGAUGAGGAGGGCUGGGGGUCGAGUGAUGAGGACGAGGAAGAGGAGAAAUAG